AUGUCGCAGCCAGCAACGGGGUAUCAGCGGUUGGUCGACACCGACGAGACACACCUAGAUGUCGAGAAUCGCAUAUCUGCACUUAUGGACACUAGUCUUGAACUCGACAGGCGGACGGAAGUCGAGAAGAAGUUACUUCGAAAGUUAGACUUGAGAGUUGCGUUUCUUGUUCUCGUUUAUAUCAUGAACUAUAUGGACAGGAAUAAUAUGGCCGCCGCACGACUAAAUGGCCUGGAAGAAGAUCUUCGCCUGACCGGACAGGAAUUCAACACUUUGAUCAGCGUCCUAUUUAUUGGCUAUGUUCUUAUGCAAAUUCCCUCAAACACAUAUCUCAGUCGGAUUAGAAGACCGUCCCUGUACCUCUCCUGUUGCAUCUUUCUGUGGGGGAUAAUUUCCAUAGGCACCGGUCAUUUUCGUGCGGCCCUUGUAUCUCGGUUCUUCCUCGGCUUCUCCGAAGCAGUAUAUUAUCCUGGGGUAUUAUUCAUGCUCUCGAGAUGGUACAAACGUGACGAGCUCGGCUUGAGGAUGGCAUACUUUACUGGUGGCAGCUCGGUCGCCAAUGCUUUUGGGUCACUUAUCGCGUCUGGUGUCCUUGCCACCACGGACGGAAAGUUAGGAUAUCAGGCUUGGAGAUGGCUAUUUUUUUGUGAAGGAGGGUUGACAUGUGUGAUUGCUGCUGCCGCGUUUUUCAUAGUUCCCGAUUUCCCUACCACGCCGGCUUUCUGGCUCACAAGUGAAGAGCAAAUACUCGCCCAAAAGAGGAUGGAAGAAGAUGUGUGCGGAAUUGAUCACCAUGCGAUGAAGGGUGUGGAAAGAUCUGGCCUUGCUCAAGCAUUAACUGAUUGGAAAGUGUGGUGGCUUGCUGUUGCACUGGCCCUUUUGAAUAUUGCGUUGUCAUUUUCUUUCUUCUUUCCUACGUUGGCGGCCGCUAUGGGGUACAGUCCAACAAUUACCCUUUUACUUUGUGCCCCACCAUGGAUCGUGGGGCUUCUUACUUCGUUUUUCGUCAUGGGCCACUCUGACAGAACUGGGGACCGCUUCUGGCAUAUUGCUGGUCCAAUCUCGAUGGGCAUAAUUGGCUUUGUAUUGGCCAGUAUGUCGAUGGAUACUCUUGCCCGCUACCUGUCGUUAUUUUUUAUGACCCAAGCUACGGUCGCAUACAUUGUUCUGUUGGCGUGGGUGAGCAAUUCAGUACCAGAAUCUUCAUCCAAGCGAGCAGUCGCCAUAGCCACUGCCAAUACACUUGCAGGUCUUGGAAACAUUGGGGCAUCUUAUAUAUGGCCAGCCAAAUGGGGUCCAUCAUACGUGGACUCGUUCUUGAUUUGCACCCUGAUGGCCGCGAUAUCCAUUUACAUGUUAUGGGUGUACCGAUUGCACCUGAUCAACCUCAACAAGAAGGCGGAGAUGAAGGAACGUGCUCUAGAUUUACCAACUGGGUUCAGAUAUGUAACAUGA